UGUGGCCUACUGACGGUUGGAGUGUGAUUCGAAUUCGUUUCCAACAAAACUACAUUUCCCAGCAACACGCGCGGUGGGACGUUCUUUGACGGACAAAGUUGUGUUUAUUAAAACUGAAACGUUCAUGAUCUGAAACGGAGCCAGUGGAAGGUCUGCAGUAAAAAACGAAGCUUAAGUAAGCGUGUGAUCUAGGACAGAGGAUGAGGGGCGAUCCUGGGCCAGUUCAGAUCGUGACAGUCAACAAGGAGGAUCACUCCUUUGACCUGGACACAAAAGCACUCAGUCAAAUUCUGUUGAAGCCUGAGGUUCGAGAUAAGGAUGUGGUGGUGGUGUCUGUCGCCGGUGCCUUCCGAAAGGGCAAAAGUUUUUUUUUGGAUUUGAUGCUCCGAUACAUGUAUAGGAAGCCUGGUCAGGACUGGCUUGGGCAGGAGAAUGAGCCUCUGACAGGUUUCUCCUGGAGAGGAGGAUCAGAACCAGAGACCACUGGCAUCCAGCUAUGGAGUGAAGUUUUCAUUGUGCGGAAGAAGGAUGGAAGUGAGGUUGCUGUGCUCUUAAUGGACACACAAGGAGCAUUUGAUUCCCAGUCCACGGUGAAAGAUUGCGCUACUAUCUUUGCCCUCAGCACCAUGACCAGCUCUGUCCAGAUUUAUAACCUGUCACAGAAUAUUCAGGAAGAUGAUCUACAGCAACUUCAGCUGUUUACAGAGUAUGGCCGACUGGCAAUGGAUGAAAUCUUUCUAAAGCCUUUUCAGUCACUUAUGUUCCUGGUCAGAGACUGGAGCUUCCCGUACGAGUACAAAUAUGGGUUUAAGGGAGGGAGUGAUUUCUUGGACAAACGUCUGCAAGUGAAGCAGACUCAGCAUGAGGAGCUUCAGACAGUGAGAGAGCACAUUCACUCCUGUUUCACCUCCAUUUCCUGUUUUCUCUUACCACACCCUGGCCUGAAGGUGGCAACAAGCCCUGCUUUCACGGGACAGCUGUGUGAUGUGGCUCCAGAGUUCAAGGAACAGUUGCGUGAACUCAUUCCCAACCUGCUGAAGACUGACGAGCUGGCUGUGAAAGAGAUCAAUGGAAAUAAGGUGACCUGCAGGGGCCUGCUGGAGUACUUCAAGGCAUAUAUCAAGAUAUAUCAGGGAGAAGACCUUCCACACCCUAAAUCCAUGCUAGAGGCUACAGCAGAGGCCAAUAAUCUUGCGGCUGUGGCGUCAUCAAAAGACCAGUACUACAAGAAUAUGGAGAAGGUGUGUGGUGGAGAUCUGCCUUAUGUGGCUCCUGACUCACUGGAGGAGAAGCACCGUUUCUUCCUGCAGGAGGCCCUUCAUCUCUUCUCCAGCACUAAGAAGAUGGGUGGGCGGGAUUUCUGUCACCGUUAUCAGGCACAGUUGGAAGCAGAGCUGAAAGAUCUGUGGGAGUCCUUUACCAAACACAACGAGUCCAAGAAUCUUUUUAGUGCUUUCCGGACACCUGCAGUGCUGUUUGUCCUGGUCUGCCUCCUGUAUGUGCUGUCGGGAAUUUUGUUCUUCAUUGGCCUGGAAACUAUUUCCUUUGCAUGUGACUGUGUAGUUGGCCUGGCCAUGAUUGCUAUGCUGACCUGGGCCUUUAUCCGUUACUCUGGCCAGUACAGAGAAGUAGGCUCAGCCAUAGACCAGGCUGCUGGAGUAAUACUAGAGCAGGCCACAGAUGUGUUAAACAAGACAAGAAGCAAGGGUCAGGUGGCUGCACAACAUAAGAAAACAAGAUAGCUUCUCAGUCAUACCGAAGAUGCCAGAACGAGAUGUAAACUGCACAGACGCGACCAAUAAUGUUACCAAAUAAUGCAUAUCUCCAAACAUAGCACUUAAAUUUCUACUUCUAAUGCAGGCUGACUCAUUUUGUCAGAAUAUCUUAAAGCAGAUUUUUAAAUAUCAACACAAGACCAAAUAUCACAAACCAGCAGCUGGUUUUUCAGGGACAGGUAUUGAUUUAGCACAAGGGCUAAACUCUCCACAGAACUGCAUUGAUAUGUUUACAGUUGUUCAUUCCAGUUCAGCCAAAGACAUCCUCCAUAGCAGGUCAGGGUUGUAUAGCGUUUAGAUUGCACUUGUAUUGCACUCUGUAGACAUGUUAUCUGUUUGUUCUCUUUAGCCAGGAAUACCUUUGCACAUGAACUGCCAUUACUUCAUUAAGGCUUGAGCUUGAUAAAAUGUUUAGUAUUAAAAGUGUAACUAUAUUAUGUGAACUUUGCAAGAGCUUUGUUCUGUGUUCUUUGUACCAAAUUGUGGCCUUCUAUGCAUUCCAUCUUGUACACAUCCAUGUAUGAUUUAUAUGGGAGUUUCUGUCAAUAAGCCAUUUCACUUGGAUUGGGUUUCAUAAUCGGGGUAACAAACGUAUAUUAUUCCAUCCCAAUGUUCUUGAGUGCUGGAUUGGUUCUGUUCACUUCCUCUUAACUCCUGGCAUGUUGUUGGGUUUUCAAAACCAUCCUGAUACUGUCGUUUAGUUGGACUUAAAGUAUUGAUAGGAAAGCUGAUAUUAACUAUUCAACAGUGUCUUGAGGAAAGCUUGGUCAUUGUGCACUAUUCUGUAAUCGGGUUCAUAUUUGCAUAUCAUUAGUAAACGCCUGCUUUGAUUCUGUUAUUGGACUGAUUUGAGCACUGUUGCGUCUUAUGACUUUCCAUUUUAAUUUUUGUCACAUAACAUUCCUUGUGUGAUGUGGUGGUUAAAUAGUAUACCUGGAGAAUCUAGAGUACCUGAAAGCAUUUAUUCAGGUUUUUAAAGACAUUUAUGCAUAUGUCCCGCAAGGAAUGUCUGUAAAGUAAAGUGUGUAUUUGUGGCGUUUUUCUUUGAUGCAUUCCAACAGAGCCUCAGUUGGAGGCUUUGAAUGGGUUACAUUCACUUUUUCAAUUGAGUGGACCUGCCUAAACUUACCAGGGAUCAUUCUCUGUCCCUGUAUAUCACUUUUACUGUUACAUACACUUUAUAUACCCCAAAAAUAAAGCUAUUCGCAUGCCAUAGACUGAUGGGUCUUGUUUGUAUACAGUUGAAGGCAGAAAUGUGAAGAAGAGUCAACGUUUAUACACUAGGUGUCAGCAUUGAUUUAAAUGGAGAGAAUAUUUCAGUGAGCGUCGUGGCCACGUUUGAACAUCCGUUCAUUUGCAUCAGUCUACAAAUGAACAAAAGCGAGUAAAUGCAACCUUUGAUUUAUACAUCAUUUGUUCACUGCAAACUGUAGAGAAUAAAGGAUAUUCUGUGCUCUUUA